UCUUGAUAAUUACUACUACUUGUAACCUGCCGCCAUUUUUUUCUAUUUUAUUGUCUAAUCUUAACUUUGUCUUUAAAAUAAGCCAAAGAAAAUAAUUUGCUUUUCAUUUUAGCAGUGUAAAAUAAAAUAAAAGUCUAGUAAUAUCGGUCUAAACCAGCACGUACUAAACGCCCGGACAAAUUGAUUAGCUAAAUUCGUAAUAGCAGUAUGAAGCGUGACGCGUACGGUGAUGAUGGCCCCGUCCACAAGAGGCAGCGGCACACCGACGACGAAGUCACUUUCUUGAUACCCAGCAAGGUGGCUGGUUCGAUCAUUGGGAAAGGUGGCACCAAUAUAUCAAAACUUAGAAAUCAGUACAAAGCCUCUAUAACAGUCCCAGAUUGCCCCGGCCCCGAACGUGUACUCUCGAUAACGGCUUCGGAUAUAGACACGAUUUUGGAAAUCGUAAAAGAAAUUCUACCCAAUUUGGCUGAUGGAGGACCCAAUAAAGGAAACGAUGACUACCUCGACAUCCGUCUACUGAUACAUCAGAGUCGAGCGGGCUGCGUCAUCGGGAAAGCUGGUGCCAAGAUCAAGGAACUGCGAGAGAAAACUGGUGCCUUCCUGAAGAUAUUCUCGAACCCAGCGCCUCAAAGCACCGAGCGGGUGGUGCAGCUGGUGGGCAAAGCUGACGUGGCCGCCGCCGGGGUACGUGAAGUCCUCGAGCUGAUACGACAGGUACCAAUCAAGGGAGCAGUUGAGAAUUACGACCCGCACAACUAUGAUGACUUUUAUGCUGAUGAAUAUGGUGGAUUCGGUGGCGGACAAGGCAGUGGCGGCAGUGGACGGGGAUCACGUGGCGGUCCAGGGCCCCGCGGAAACCGUCCGCCGCCGCCCAUGGGCCCCGGCGGCAGGGGGCCCGGCCCACGCGGGCCCAUGUCGCGCGGAGGGCCCCCAGGACCACCGGGCCCACCGGGCCCACGGGGCAAUAGUUUCAAUGACUUUGGAGGGCCUCCACCACGUGGCGGCAACUUCGGCGGGCCGCCGCGCGGCAAUUUCGGCGGCAGCAACUUUGGUGGCAAUUUUAGCGGCGGUCGAGGUGGCGGAGGCGGUAAUAACUUCAACAGCAACGGCGGUAACCAACAAGAAACAUCGACGCAAGUCACCAUUCCAAAAGAUUUGGCGGGUGCGAUAAUAGGCAAGGCUGGCUCGCGGAUUAGGAAAAUACGCGCGGAGAGCGGCGCUGGAAUCGAGAUCGCCGAGCCGGUGCAAGGAUCCAACGACCGCAUCAUCACAAUUACGGGCACCCCGCAGCGCAUACAGAUGGCUCAAUACCUUUUACAACAAAGUGUACACGAGAGCAAUCCGAAUCUCGGCCGCGGAAACUUCUGAUUCCGGUAACGAAUUAGAAAUGAGAUAAA